UGGGCCGAGAAACGUGAGCCUCACAGGUGGUGAGCGACAGCCGAACAUUUUCUUAAACCCGAAACAAAAUUUCAGAAAUAGAAUCGAAUUUCAGAAGACUGAGCUGAUCUUCCAUGGCUUCUCUGUUAAACCCGUCUCUCACUUCACCCAAUAAGCUAAAUGUUGGAAGCUUUAGAGCUUCAUCCACACAUAUGGUUCAGAUAAGGACUUUUCAGCUUGUUUCCCCAGCAGGCGGAAGGCGUGGAAAUUCUUUAUUGAUGAAAGCCAAGUCAUCUGCAGAAGCCGAUAUACUUGCUGAUGAUUCUGUUAGUGUUGGCGUCGAUGAUAAGAAUGAUUAUGGAGUUGUCAGUAUGCACCAUGUUGGAAUCCUAUGUGAAAAUCUCGAGAGGUCAUUGGACUUUUACCAGAACAUUCUUGGUCUUGAGAUAAAUGAGGCGAGGCCACACGACAAGUUACCCUAUAGAGGUGCUUGGUUGUGGGUUGGUUCCGAGAUGAUACACCUGAUGGAGCUUCCAAAUCCCGAUCCAUUGACUGGUCGACCGGAACAUGGAGGCAGGGAUCGUCAUGCUUGCAUAGCAAUCAGGGACGUUUCUAAGCUCAAAGUUAUUCUCGACAAAGCUGGUAUUCCCUACACCCUCAGUCGCUCCGGGAGGCCAGCGCUUUUUACACGAGAUCCAGAUGCCAAUGCGCUAGAAUUUACCCAGGUUUAACUUCAACGCCAUGGUAGAAUCUUCAUUCUCAUAUUAAUCAACAGUAGGAAGCUGUGUAUACAUCAUUAGGAAUAUUCAGAGUCCACAAGUCUAUUGUAAGCCAAAAGUGCAUCCCUUUAUAUGCAACUUUUACAGAACAAAUCUACUAUACACUUGAUGCUGUGCUAUGCUAUGCUAUAAUACUCAUGAUAUGUAAUUGAAAACAAUGCUUAUACCAAUAUACCAUAUACCAUAGCAAGAUAGA